UCUAGACCAUACUCGAUCUGCUUCAGAACGAUUAGUGGGCCGUGUUAUCGACUAGAAAUGGCGUCUGUCUUUCUUUUAUGAAAAAUUCGUGUGGUCGUAUUUACAAUUUAUCAACGUUGUGUGUGUUUGUCAAUUAUAAGGACGAGUGCGGGCUAUUCUCGUCUCACACUCUUGACCGAUUAGCGCAACAGCCAUAAUCGAAGUGUUUUUAGUGCGGUGUAAAACGUCCACGACGGGCAGGCAAGGCGCCGAGUGCAAAAACAACGGCCAGCAGCAGGCAGCGAAACGAAAAUGCAUUUGUGACUGACAGAAACACACAGUCAGGCAGACAGACAAACAGAAGACCCCCUGAAACAGCAAGGAUAGCGAAGGCGAAGGCAGAGUCGAAGUCAGGAGGCGACGACCGCUGCUCCAUCAUCAGCAGCAGCAGCAACAACAAAUGGCGCUUGUGACGGUGCAGCGCUCCCCAAGUGUCGCUGGCUCGGGCUCAAAUUCGGAUGGCGAGGCCGAUGACGACGAAGGCAAUAGCAAGAACGAAAAGAGCGAAUGCUUCUUUGCUGGCAAAGGAACCGCCCUGGUAUUAGCGCUUAAGGAUAUACCGCCCCAGCAACAGCCGGAGCGAAGGCUGAGCACGGACUCGACGCGGUCCAGCAACAGCACACAGAGCAACAACUCCGACAUACAGCUCCACCUGCAGUCGAUGUUCUUUCUCCUGCACCGUGAGGACACGCUCAAGAUGGCUGUCAAACUGGAGUCGCAGCGUAGCAAUCGCACACGUUACCUGGUGAUUGCCUCGCGCAGCUGCUGCCGCCGGGCUGCCACCAGCGAACGUCGCCGCAACAAGAUAAUGCGUCACAAUUCGGCAAAGGUCAGCUCCUCCACGUCCUCCUCCAGCAGCAUCGCGUCGGCGGUAACAACGCAGCGGCAGCAUUCAGAGGACGUUGCACCAUCAGUUGCAGCAGCAGCAGCAGCAGCCAGUAAAUGUGAUAAAACAGCGGACAAGGAGAAUGUGGCUGGUGCCGGCGACAACAAGAACAUCUCGGGCAUGGAGGAGUCCUGCCUGCUCGGCAUCGAUUGCAAUGAGCGGACGACAAUCGGUCUGGUGGUGCCCAUACUGGCAGACACCACCAUCCAUCUGGAUGGCGAUGGCGGCUUCAGCGUGGCCGUCUUUGAGAAGACACACAUCUUCAAGCCCGUGUCGGUGCAGGCCAUGUGGUCGGCGCUUCAGACGAUUCACAAAGUAUCGAAGAAGGCUCGUGAAAACAACUUUUAUGCGAGCGGCCCCUCGCACGAUUGGCUCUCCAGCUACGAGCGACGCAUCGAGUCGGAUCAGUCGUGCCUGAACGAGUGGAAUGCCAUGGAUGCGCUAGAGAGUCGCCGCCCACCCUCACCAGAUGCCAUACGGAAUAAGCCAACCGAAAAGGAGGAAACUGAAAGUGUCAUUAAAAUGAAGUUAAAAGCAAUCAUGAUGUCCGUGGACCUGGACGAGGUUACCUCCAAGUAUAUACGCGGUCGCCUCGAGGAGAUACUGGACAUGGAUCUGGGCGAGUACAAGUCGUUCAUUGAUGCCGAAAUGCUUGUCAUACUCGGCCAAAUGGAUGCACCCACAAAGAUAUUUGAGCAUGUGUAUUUGGGCUCCGAGUGGAAUGCCAGCAAUCUGGAGGAGCUCCAGAAGAAUGGCGUUCGCCAUAUUCUGAAUGUGACGCGGGAGAUAGAUAACUUCUUCCCUGGGACGUUUGAGUACUUUAACGUGCGUGUAUAUGAUGAUGAGAAGACGAAUCUUCUCAAAUACUGGGACGACACAUAUCGUUAUAUUACUCGCGCCAAGGCCGAGGGCUCCAAGGUGCUGGUCCAUUGCAAGAUGGGCGUGAGUCGGUCCGCUUCUGUGGUGAUAGCCUAUGCCAUGAAGGCCUACAAGUGGGAGUUCCAGCGAGCGCUGGAUCAUGUGAAGGAGCGUCGGAGCUGCAUCAAGCCGAACAAGAACUUUCUGAGCCAGUUGGAGACAUACAGCGGCAUGCUGGACGCCAUGAAGAACAAGGAGAAGCUGCAGCGCAGCAAGAGUGAGACGAAUUUGAAGAGCACAAAGGAUGCGAGGCUGUUGCCGGGCAGCGAGCCCACGCCCCUUAUACAGGCCCUCAAUCAGGCCAAGUCCAAGUCGAGCGGCGAAGCUGGAGUUGUGACACCCGAGGAGGAGGACGAGGAGGCGGCGGGGCAGGACACAAGACUCUCGCGACUCCAUCGCCGAUCGAGCGCACAAAAGCAGCGACGCAUGGUGCGACGUUCCAGCAGCACUUCCCCGAAGACCCAGACGGCCGUUGUCACCAAACAGCAGAGCCAGUCGAUGGAGAACCUCACGCCGGAGCGCAGCGUGGCGGAGGAGCCAAAGAAUAUGCGUUUCCCCGGCAGCAACGGAGAGAACUACAGCGUCACCCAGAACCAGGUGCUGCACAUCCAGAAGCACACGCCUCUGUCGGUGCGCACACGCGUUCAUGAUCUCGAGGCGCAUCGCUCGGAUCAGUUGCCACAGCAGUCGCCGUUACAGUCGCAGCCAGGCCCUGUGUGGACCUCACUGACCAAGCUAAUCACUCAAACGUCCCACUUGGGAGGCAAUGCUGAAGGAGGAGGAGGAGGAGUCAUUGAAAGCGCUACCGAAAGAGGAUUGCCCCGCAGAGAUUCCAGCUCCUCGGAUGUGUUCUCCUCGCAAGUGGAUAAUGUAUUCGCCAAAGAGGAGCGGGAGAAGCGUCAGCGUCGAAAGACACAUUCGUGGACAGAGGCAUUCGGACCCAGCGGUGGAAUAAUUCUAGAUGCCACGCCGCAGCAGACGCAGCACCAGCAACAAUCCAUCAUGCUCCGCAACCGCGGCCUGCGACAGCGGGAGCCGCCGUCGCGACACUCCAGCUGGGGAUCGGGGGACAACCGGAGCAGUUUGCCGCUGCGCACAAGUUCCGGCAGCUACUACGACAGCAAUCGCAACAACACGGCCAUCUUCGAGGGCGAGAUCCAAGAUCUGAAGCGGAGCAGCUGCAGCAGGAUCAGCAGUGACCCGAAGACUGCCAGCAACUGCAAUGUCAUCGAGGGAGGAUGCGUAAGCGUAAGCGUAAGCGGGAGCGGAGGCCAGCUGGGGACAGUCAAGCGCACCAAGCAGAAGCUGGAGGAGAGCACGGUGCUGAAGAAGCGCUGCCCAGAGGAUGCCCAGGAGCAGGACCAAGAGCUGGAUACCAGCGGAGGAGAUUCUGCUGGGGCUGGUGCUGGUCAGAAGAGGUCUACGACCCUCUACCGGAGCGCCUCCUCGGCCAACAGUCCCAGGCAGAGGCAGCCCCUGCGCUGCAACAGCGAGGAGCUGAUGCACACCAGCGAUAUUGAGAACAAGAACACGACCAGCGACCUGGAGGCGGCGACUGCGGCAGUGGUUUUGCGGGGCCCCAAUCAGACGCUAGCUGAGGAUCAGCGAAUUUCCGGCAAUGUGCAAAUACUCAAGCAGAACUUUGAGGCCAAGGCGGCAGUGGUUGGUGUGGGAUCGGUGGCGGUAGUCUCGACUGUGGCACCUUGUACACCCACUGUUUGCCCGACGAGCAGUACUGCAGCCACUAGUGGUUCUGCUACUGCCGUCUCCAGCUCAGCAGCAGCUGUCCCACAGAUGGGGGCGAAGAAGACGACGACACACCAAUCACUGCCCUCGUCACCAGUUGCUCAGCACGUGAAUCACGUGUCCUCCUCCAGCUCCUCCUCAACGUCGAACUCGUCCGAUUCCAGCGUAAGCGAAAAUUGUGAUCGUAAUGUAAAAGGUCUAGUGCAUAAAUAUCAAACCACUUCCUGCAGUAGCCAAGCUGCGAGCCAGACUGCAGUCAUCGUCCCGCCUACAACCACCGCACUGCCGCCGCCGCAGCCAUUAACCGCCAGUCACAGCCACGGCCACAGCCACAGCCACAGCCACAGCACUAACUGCAACGCCGCCACUAACGCCAAUAGCUACAAGCAACGCCCGCGCUCCUACUACGAUCGCUCCUCGCUGUCGAACAAAACGCACGAUUAUAGCGAGAGUCGACCACCGCCCGCACCUGCCAGACUCACUGCCAGCGUCAACUACGGCAGCAGCAGCCACACCAGCCACGUGCAGCUGCCACAACAGAAGUCUGAGCAGCAGCAGCAGCAUCAGCAAGUGCAGAUCAGGCGUCUGGCACAGCACGGGAAGACCCAUCCACUCACUAGGCUAAGUACACCAAAGCCAGGCUUCAACACGGCUGCAUACAAUACCAUCCUUAUCCACAUGAUACGUUCCUUCCGCUACUCAUGGGCCGAGAAGUGUAGUAAGUGAACGAAACGAAAACCAAAACCCCAGCUGGCUCUCGAGGCUGACGCCCGCCCCACCCCCACCUUGUUAUACACAAAUUUGUAUUUUUUUGCUAUUUAUCAAGCCCCGUAUUUAUAAAUAUACAACUGUAACCCAAUUA